AUGGCGACACCCAAGGGAAUGCGAGCAAAGUCCAUUGGCCACUAUAUCCUCGGCAAGACGAUCGGGGAGGGGACCUUCGGAAAGGUCAAACUGGGAACCCACAUCCUUACCGGCGAGAAGGUGGCCGUGAAGAUUCUAGAGAAGGAGCGAAUUGUGGAUGUUGCUGAUGUGGAACGAGUUGCGCGGGAAAUUCACAUCCUCAAACUGGUGCAGCAUCCGCACAUAAUUCAGCUCUACGAGAUCAUAGAGACGCCACGUCAACUGUAUCUCAUUAUGGAGUAUUGUCCGGGUGGGGAGCUUUUCGACUACAUCGUGGCCCAGGGCCGGGUGAAAGAAAGAGAGGCAUGCCGCUUCUUUCACCAGAUCAUGGCCGGGGUUGAGCAGAUCCAUAGGAUGAAUGUCGUUCAUCGGGAUCUGAAGCCUGAGAAUCUGCUGUUGGAUGAGCAGAGAAACAUCAAGAUCGUGGACUUCGGCUUGAGUAACACCUACCAGGAUGGUCAGCUUCUGAAAACCGCCUGCGGGUCUCCGUGCUAUGCGGCCCCGGAGAUGGUAGCAGGUCAGCGCUACGUUCCAUCCCGUUGUGACAUCUGGAGCUGCGGAGUGAUACUCUUUGCCUUAGUCUGUGGAUAUCUUCCCUUCGAAGACCAGAAUACAUCGGCCUUGUACCGCAAGAUUCUGAAUGCAGACUACCAGGCUCCGAAGUUUAUUUCGGAAAACGCGCGCGACCUCAUUGCCAGGAUGUUGAACACUGACCCUGAGCAGCGCUACACCACUCCAAAGAUCCGAGCACACGCUUGGUACCGGCAAAUCAGCGAGGCGUCGCUGUCCCUCAAUGGAGGUGCCGGGUCCAAGAUCCUUGAAGAGGACGUGCUGGACCAACUUGACCGUUUUGGCUUUCCCAGAGACUAUGCCAUCAAGUGCCUGCAGAUGGGAAAGCACAACCACGUCACCACCACGUAUCAUCUGCUCGUCGAGAAGAAGAAGCGCUCAGGUGGAAGCUUGAAGGCCUUGGACCAGAAUGCGCAUGCUGGCUUCGAGGGCCCGAUCACGCGACCCGACUUCCGUGAGAUGGAGUUGCCCGCCGAGCGAUCUCCCUCGCCAUCGCCAUUCCAGGCCGAAAUUGCGGAAAAGCCAAAGCUCGGCCUUGAUGAUGUGCCCGUGGCAGCACGUGGGAUCGCCGCAGACGCGGAUCGCGCGGCCGGCGGAUCGUCGCCACGUUCCGCAGGAGGUUCGAAGACCCCGGAACCAGGAGCUCCGAACUACGGGAACUGGGCCUUUCCAGGUCAACUUCCUGGACAAGCACCAGGGCAUGCUCCAAGCCAAAAGGCAGAGUCUUCAAGCAAGCCGCUGGAGCCACGGCCGCCGUCUACAGGGCAUCCCAGCCGCGGCCGUCACCAAGACAUGAGUCACACGGCCACUCACGGAACUUCGACGCGUUGGGCCCAGGGCGAUGCCCAGGGCGAUGCAAGCGAUCUGAAAGCUGCCCUCAUGAAUCACUUCACAGCAACUUCGGCUUGCUGCUUAGGCCCGUUGGCAGGCGAAAAGUGUCCUCUUCUCAGGCACAACGCAUAUCUGGAUGCUAAUCGCUUAAUUUGCUUAAUUACCGCGCUCUCGCGAAUGCUGGUGCCUCUGGGCCUCUCGGGCCAGGCCCAAACGCCGAACGGAUCCUCCUUCCAGCCGGCAUCAGGUGGUAAGUUUUGA